GCACAACAGCGCGAGGCGCAUCUGAAAGAGCUGUAGAAGAGGAUAACAUCUCAUCACAUCACUUCAGAAUCAGCUUGAGGAAUCAGGGCUCUCAAAGUAAACCUGACACAAACCGGUCUAGACUCAUCUGCUUCAUAUUAAGACAGCUGACAGGCUGGAAAGUCUUCUUCACGCGUGGAGAAUGGAUAAGCACAAAGUGCUGGAGCAGCUGUUGGAGCAGCUGCAGAAGUUCCUGAAGAUCCUAGAUGGAGAGAAGCUGAGUGGAAAUGCCACAGUACAGAAGGGCCUCCUGAAUGAGCUGCUGCAAUCGUACAAGUCUUCUAAUGGAGGAGAUGAAGAAUAUAUCUACAUGAACAAGGUCAUCGUCACAAGUCAAAACCAAGACAAAACAGACCACAGACCAGAAGCCAAUGGAGAACCAGGUAAACACAUCCCUGUGAAGAACCCACCAGAGCCUCCUCCUCCCAGACCAUGCAACAUAGGGAGGGAGCCCUUUCCUCUUCCACCAGCUCCUGCUCCAGCAUCUCUAGAGCCUGAAAGUUACUAUGAAGAUCCACAACCAUAUGACCCUAUAAGCAUCAAUGAUUUUGGUUGCUUUGCCAUCAUCACAGGGGUCAGGAAACGCGUAGAAGCUUCAAACAGUGUGGUCUAUGCUGUGAUCACUCGGGAAGAUACAGAACCAGUGAGCAGUUCAUAUGAGUCCUAUGAUGAGGAAGAAGUGACGAAGGGUAAGUCCACAGCCCAGCACCAGUGGCCGUCUCCUGAGGCAUCCAUCGAGCUAAUGAAGGAUGCGCGGAUCUGUGCUUUCCUCUGGAGGAAGAAGUGGCUGGGUCAGUGGGCUAAACAGCUGUGUGUCAUUCGCGAGCAUCGUCUCCUGUGCUACAAAAGCUCAAAGGAUCAGACUCCCCUGCUGGAUAUCAGUCUGCUGGGCUGCAGUGUUGUCUACAAAGAGAAGCAAACAAAAAGGAAAGAACACAAGCUGAAAAUAACCCCACUGGGUGGAGAGGCCAUUGUCCUGGGACUGCAGAGCAAAGAGCAGGCCGAACAAUGGCUGAAGGUUAUUCAGGAAAUUAGUCCGAAAAAUACUGCUGGAUCUGAUGUAACUGACUCUCCAACACUCAUCUGUACUAAGGGUGAGCAGAGCGAGAGAUACUCAGUGGCAUCUGAGAGUGGCAGCAGCACAGACAGUCACGCAGAGAACCUGGAAAACAAAGAUGUUAAGAAGAAAUACGGCAAGUUUAGUAACCUUAUGAACAUUGGUAAAAAGAAGAUUUCCUCUUUGGAAAGUCCAGAGAAGGCUGUGGAUACGUCAGGCUACCUUAAUGUCCUGGUGAACACCCAUUGGAGAAGCCGGUGGUGCUCAGUGAAGGACAGGCAGCUUUGGAUCUACAAUGACAAAAGCAAAAGCAAAGUGGCCCAGCAGCCACUGUCUCUCGAGGGGUGUUUGGUACUGCCAGACCCCAGCCCUGAGCACCUGUACUCAUUCCGCAUCCAAAUGGAUGGAGAGGAGCUCGCUAUCCUAGAAGCUAAAUCCUCCGCUGAUAUGGGCCACUGGCUCGGGCUCAUACUGUCACAAACCGGCACCAAAACAGAACCAGAAGAUCUCACUUACGACUAUGUGAACUCAGAGAGAAUAUCCAGUAUUGUCAAUGCUGCCAAGACAUCCAUGUAUUUAAUGCAGAGGAGGUACUCAGAGCCCAACACAUACACAGACAGCCCUCCAUCAGACCCUCAUACCUGUGAUGACAUAUACGAUGAUGUGGCAUCCACAGAGAACGAACAGGAGGAGGUUCAAGAGGUUCAGAAUGACAGCGAGGAGGUAACAGCAAGCGUUGAGGAGAACGGGAAGGAGAGAGUGUAUCUGGAUCUGAUCCCGGUUCGCUCCUUCCUGCACACGAGCUCGGGCAGAGUGUCACCCCAGACGUCCAACAACGUACAGACAGAGCUCAGUCCCUCAGCUGCUCCACAGGAUGAUCAGCCACAGCCUGAAGAGCCUGAAUGUGAAACCUCAUUACCGAGCAGCACAGAGAACCUGGACCCUCCACCUGUUGCCCCCAGAGUGGACGCAGACCCUUCUCCAGCACCCAAUCUGCACAUCCAGACUCAAAAAAUCAGUUUUCUUAGUCAGGAAAGCCAAAAAAGGGCCUCUCUGUCACCCCAAACCCAAUCCCUACCCCUAACGUCUGCACAGAGUCCACCCACCUCCAGAAGAAGAGCCGCCAGCACGGAUAGACUUCUCGAUAAGCUCAAGUUCUCUCCAGCAGCAGGCCCGGGGUCGGUUGAAGUGAAAUUAGGUAAGAACAGGACGGAGGCCGACGUGCGGCGUUACACCGACGACAGAGACCGGCUGGAGCGAGAGAGGGAGGAGGUUAAAAACACUCUGGCCGCACUGAGGAAAGACAGACGAGAGGUGAAAGAAGAGCUAAACUCCUGCCAAGACCCCACUCAGCAGGCCUCUCUGGAGGCUCGUCUGAAGCAGAUGGAGGAGACGUGUCGUGAGGCAGAGCGUCGACGAGUGGAGGUGGAGCUCAGCUUGAUGGAGGUGAAGGAGAAUUUGAGAAAAGUGGAAGCUGGACCCUUUACACUGGGCACCACGGUAGAUAGCAGUCUACUGGAAAAUUUAACGCCCAAGAUAGCACCUGUCACCAGUCCUGCUCCAAAUACACCCAUAACCACCAACAAUGGAGAUUCCCCUGUGAACUCUGCCACAGCGCUGAAGAACAGACCCCUGUCCAUCAUGGCACCCAACAAAGGAAACGUUCUGCAGAAGGCCAAGGAAUGGGAGAAAAAAUCCACAACCUAGUAUAUGGGAACAGCGAGCGCAAACAAGACUUUUUAGCCAAAGCUCAAAGGACUGCUAAGGCAAAUGCUUCAGGCAGGGAGGGAAAGAGGGUGUGUCCAAUGACCUGCAGGCUCCGCCCCUCUGAUACAUCACCCUCCACUCGUCCCUGCUUCUCUGCAAUCAGAGGCUGAGAUGGUACUGAGUACAUGCAGGCAGCUGAUCCAAGACAAUAUUUUCUGUUCCCUGCCAAAUAACACCACUGGACAACAAUAGAUUUUAAAUCUAUUCACGUGAUUUUAUGUAAGGGAAUAAUUGAAAUUACUCUUCCAGUGGUGUGCACAGUAUGUGAAUGUUUCACAAGCUUGAGAAGAGACCAAAAAGAGUUUAGGAGAGCUUUGAGAACCACUAUUUUUAUAUUGAAACAUAUAAAUUUAAAACCUUAAAUCAGCCAUUUGGUGCAUCUGGUACAUUGUAGCUUGGUUCAUGUAUGCUGGUAACCAAGAUGUGAAUAUAUAUUACAUAUCCGUUCAGUGUUUUUCAAUUUGUUACUGUACGCUAGCUGAAACAUGCACUUUUUAUUCAAAUAAAAGUUUGUACUGACAAUAA